AUGUACGCCCGCCCAUGGCAGCUGUCGCCCGACCAUGCUGUCCAGGAAAUGCCCGCUCUUUGUAUCGUCUCAUGCCGUCAUACACUUGUCCACCCUCACAUCGCCGCACCACAACACCAACACAACCAUCACCACCACCACCACCCCGUCUACUACCAACAGCGACGCACAUAUGCCCAACACCUCGAUGCCGACCUGCUGACGUGGCCCGAACCCCAGAGGCCCCAUAAAACACCCACGCCUUACCAGAUCCUCCAGUGCCGCAAGGGCGAUGCAUAUACCAAACAUCGCUUCUACGCCCUCGUCAAGCUCUACCACCCGGAUCGCAGCCAUGUUUCUCCUGCCAUAGCCCAGCUGCCUCUCCACGUGCGCCUCGAGCGCUAUCGCAUGCUCGUCACUGCGCACGAUAUCCUUUCGGAUGUUGAGAAACGCAAGGCGUAUGAUGCCUGGGGCCACGGCUGGGCAGGCCACCACCACACACCCACUGCCCCACGACACAGCGACUGGGACUAUGACGCACGCCGUUGGACCACCGACCCCCGCACCAAUGCAACCUGGGAGGAUUGGGAGCGCUGGCACCAUGAGAACAGCGGCGCCAAAGACUCUGAUGCCCGCACCAUCCAAAUGUCAAACUUCACCUUUAUGGCCCUCCUCUUCGCAUUUGUAAGCAUUGGAGGUGUCGUCCAAGGCACUCGCUUCAACUCCUUCAACAAUUCUGUCAUUGAGCGUCGCGACCAGAUCCACCGAGAGGCAAGCAUGGAGUACCGGCGCAGCAGGAACGCAACCCUGAGCGCCAGCGGCAACCGCGACGAGCGCAUCCGCACCUUCUUAGAGCACAGAGAGUCGACCAUCGUAGGCGAGCAAUCCUACCAGCGCUUGCUCCCGCCCGUCGACACGUGCUCGCCGGAUCAGGUCAGGCGACAGUGA